AUGCACGUUCAAGCGUCGGCCCCGAGUAAGCCGACGCCAGUUGCACCAGUGGUAAAGAAGAAGCACAGUCGUACCAGGAACGGGUGCAUCACUUGCAGAAUCCGCAAGGUCAAAUGUGACGAGGUCCGUCCAGCCUGCCGCAAAUGUCUCGAUACAGGACGCAAGUGCGACGGCUACAGCAAGCCGGCACCAGCAUCGCUAGAAGUACCAGUGCCGCAGGGCAACCUAACGUCGUACUCGCACUGCGAGCUCUUCGCAUACCAGUAUUUCCAAGAGGUCUCUGCUCCAUCGCUCGUCAACUUUGGUAGCCACUACUUCUGGAACAAGCUCGUCAUCCAAGUGGCUCUCGAGGAUGAGGCCAUCCGACACCUGGUGCUCGCGACGGCGCUGCUGGACUGUCGCGAGCGGGGCGUCUUGGGCCUAGAUAAGGCCAACAAGUACCAUGAUGAGCAUUACCGCACCGCGCUGCGGACGCUGGGGACUCGGGCGAACCCCGAUCCGGCUAUUUUGCUGAUGGCGUGCCUGUUAUUCAUCGUCUGUGAGGAGUUCAACCAGAAUAGAUUCGGUGCCUUGCAGCAUAUCAUUGCUGGGAGGCGUAUCAUGUCUGGCUACAGUCACAAAGACAGGGUUCAGUGCAGCGACGCGAUCGAGGAGCUCGCGCCUAUAUUCCGGCGGCUAGAAAUCCAGACUGGAGAGUUUGAGCAGGAGAUUCUGCCCAAACAGCUGCGAUGGCCGUUCAAGGACAACUCGGCAACUUGGGCCAAGAAGGCGGGCAUGGAUCCAAGCUGGAGUAGGCCGAAGUCGUCUAUAUUCCAAGGCUACGCUUCGUUAGCAAUGGCUUCAUAUUGCUUGCGUUGUCUGGUGCCGGCCUGCCAGAACCCGCUGACGCUGGGGAAACCUCCUCUCACUCGAUUCCAGAUCGUGCCGAAUAUCACCGCUAAACUGAAUCAAUGGCUCGUCUACUUCGAUGAGAUGGUCUUUCGAUAUGGUCCAAAGGAGGCUGCUGCCAAUAGGGUCGAAGUGCAUUUACUCAGGGUGCAUUAUAUGUGUUUAUACGCCAUGUCUCGAUGUGACCCUUACCUACGAGAGGAGCUGUACGAUCUAUACUUUAGCCAGUUCGAGCACGUCAUGAUCAAGAUGUCUCAUUUGAUCACCGAAGAGACGACCGAUGCCGUCAAAGAGCGGUGCUUAUGCCCGCUCUUCUUCGUCGCCACACACUACCGCGCGACCGCUUUUCGGAGGAUGGCGAUAGAAUACCUCCGCAAAUGCGACUGGCCCGGGCGGCGAAUGGCCAUGGUUGCCGAGCAAAUGAUGAAGAUUGAAGAGAGGGCGGUGCCGGAGGUCAUCAACUGCGCGGACGUCCCGCCUGAAGCUAGAAUCAGGCUGAUUGACAUUUCGUUUCCUGAAGCCAAGUCCGGCGAUGAUACGGAGGGGGCUUUGUGCAUGUUGACCUACUCUAAGGCACCACACGACGGGAAGAAUAACGACGUGCAGCUGUUCCGGUGGAAGGACAUGCCGAAAGAUAGGUCGUUGCAGGAGUCAGUGAAGCAGCUGCUUCGUCGCGUCAUGCGCUACGAGAUCCUGAGCAUUGGCGAUGACAAGGCGGAGUCCUGCGAGACGGAUCAUCCAAGAUGGACGGCUGAUUGGCACUGA